ACGGUCCCGUGAUCCUUUGCGGAAGAAGGGAUUUCGGCAGUGACAACACAACACAAGCAGAGGAAGCUGUUUCUAUAUUCUUUGACAAAUUCCGUUUCGUCUCGUCUUGUGGUCUCAUAUCAUCACAGCAAUGGACGGCUCUGUGAGAACAUCUUUAGACGCUGCCGCGGAGCCGCCAGCUUAUUACAGAGGGAAUGAGAGCUCCCUGGUGUCAGCGCUCAAGACUCUGCUGUUCUUCACCAUCCUGAUGGUCACGCUGCCCAUCGGACUCUACUUCGCGUCAAAGGCGUACAUCUUUGAAGGUUCAAUGAAGAUGUCGAGCUCUGACAGCUACUUCUAUGCAGCCAUUGUUGCAGUGCUCGCUGUCCACGUGGUUUUGGCCUUGUUUGUUUAUGUUGCCUGGAAUGAAGGCACGCCUAAAGAGAAGGGCAAGCACGAGUAAGGCUCUUCCUCAUCAGCUCGUCAAACCGGAGGAGACGGACAGACAUGGGCACAGUUCCACAGCCCCUCACCCACUCUCCACCAUGGGCUCUGGCAGCAAAAGCAGCCCCAUCCACCAACCAGACGGCUAGGAGACCUGGUUUGUGCUUAAGCUUUAACCUGAGGUUAAAGCAAGAAGGCACUUUGUUAUUCCCUGGCAUCAGGAAGUGUAGUGGAUGAUGUUUUUGUGUUUUUAACCAGCCUCUACAGGCCCGCUUUUUUUCUUUUGUCCUCUGAAAUGUACCUUUCUAAACAGAGGAUGGACUGUAUUUGGAAGGGCUUUGUUAAAGGUUCCUUUUGGCUCAGUGCUUUAAGUCCUUUUAUUGUAAGAUUUGUCAUUCUUAACAAAAACCGUCCUCUGAGGUUUUGGAUUAUGCGUGGGUGUUAGCACACCGUCUGUCCUGUGAUGUGUAAUAAUGAAGGACUUGAUGACUAAAUUCUCCACAACCUAUCUGAAGCUUUGUUUAUUCUGUCCUCAAAUUUCAGUUCCCAAAUAAACCUGUAAUGCGCUAAACAUUCUUGCUCCAUUUAGGAUGAAAAUGAAAGGUUUCGAUUCAUCUGUUUGUCCUUGUAAACAUGUGUUUUUUUUUUGUUUCUGUUCUUAUGUACUUGUGUGCUUGAAUUAGGAACUAAUUGCAAGAUGUUGUAUUUAAAGCAAUGUUUCUGAUAGGAGAACUUUUGGGAUUUAUGGAUGUAGAUGUUUGUCAAGUUGGUGUAAUGCAAAGGAGAAUAAAGAUGAAAAAGUUAAA